CGUGUGUAAUUACGUCCGAGAUCAAAAUCCUUCUAUGAUGCGGCUGGUAACGUAUUGGUUUAUCUUUGCACUCGUAAGAGCGGUUUACACAACAAUUUUGGUUUUGCUCAUUUUUGACUCUGUAAACGUGGUAGAUGCCGUCUUGAUAGAUGUUGAACAGCUGGACCAUUCAAAAUUUCCAUUGUUUCUUUCUCAGCUAAUUUUAGGCGUUUCAACCAUCACCUCUUCAUUUUUGUAUGCUUUCCUACCGGUUCUCACCGUUCACAUAAGUAGAGCUGCUACUCAAAAAUGUCACAUAAAUGCACAAUCCGCCGCAGUUGGUACAUGGUACAUGACAAUCACGGGAAUCCUAUCAAUAAUGUACCUUACCCUCUAUCUCGUAACAUUUUGUAUUAAUGAUGAGUUAAAUUAUUCGGCUAUUGAAAUUUCUUUGGAUUGCAUGUUGCGCACUGGAAUCUCUUUGGCCAUUGGUUUGCCACCUCCUGCAAAAGUUAUAAAUCUUAUGAAAAUGAAAAUUAUUGGCCGUAUGUCAAAUCAUGUUGCUCCACGUGUUCCGAAGCGAGUUAUUGUAAAUGAUCAAGAAUUUGAUCAAAUUUGUUGA